GGAGGCCUCGCGUGGGAGAGGGCCGCGUCGGUUGGGGAGCUCGGCGCCGCACCUGCGGGCUGGCGACCCCGAGAUCGGGCUUGGCUCUCUGGCGCCCGACCUGGGACCCGCCACCGGACGUCUGCUGAGAGCCCAGAGGAUUAAAGAAUGGCUGUUACACAUUCAGUACCAAAGUCCAAGCUCUGCUUUCUCCAGAUUCUGUGCUUCUCUAAGAUAGGAAUCCAGAAGAGGACUGAUCAUUUCUUGCUCUAAAAACAAUGGCUCAGAGAUCAGUGAUGUUCAGGGAUAUUGCCAUUGACUUCUCUCAGGAAGAGUGGGAAUGCCUGGAUUCUGCUCAAAGGGAUUUGUAUAGAGAUGUGAUGUUGGAGAACUAUAGCAACUUGGUGUCUCUAGCACUCUGAAGAUAUUAUACCACUGUCUUCUGGCUUCUAUUGUUGCUCUUGAGAAGUCUGACAUCUGUUACAUUGUUGUUCCUUUUACUUGCCUUCAAGGUGUGCAAGUAAGGACUUAUCUCCAAAAAAUAAAACUUAUGCAACAGAAUUAUCCCAAUGGGAAAUGAGUGAGAGGCUUGAAAACUGUGACCUUGAAAAGUCCAAUUCCAGAAAUUAUUUGGAAGUCAAAAGCAAGUUGGAGAAGCAAAAAGAAAAUCAAAAGGAAUACUUCAGGCAAGGGAUGAUCACAUAUUACAAAAUGUCCAUUUUCAACCAGCAUCCUUACUUAUCCCAACAUCCAAGAUGUUAUUCUACUGAGAAACCCUAUAAAUGUAAGGAAUGUGGGAAAGCCUUUAGACGAGCCUCACAUCUAACUCAACAUCAAAGCAUUCAUACUGGUGAAAAACCCUAUGAAUGUAAGCAAUGUGGAAAGGCCUUUAGUCGUGAUUCACAACUCAGUCUUCAUCAGAGGCUUCAUACGGGUGAGAAACCCUAUGCAUGCAAGGAAUGUGGAAAGGCCUUUACUCAAAGCUCACAACUUAUUUUGCAUCAUAGAAUUCAUACUGGUGAAAAACCAUAUAAAUGUGAAGAAUGUGGGAAAGCCUUUAUUCGUAGUUCACAACUCACCCGACAUCAAAAAGUUCAUACUGGUGAGAAACCUUAUGAAUGUAAAGAAUGUGGGAAGGCCUUUACUCAGAAUUCACAACUUACUUUGCACCAGAGACUUCAUACUGGUGAGAAACUGUAUGAAUGUAAAGAAUGUACAAAGGUCUUUACUCAGCUGUCACAACUAAUUCUGCAUAAGAGAAUUCAUACUGGUGAGAAACCAUAUGAAUGUAAGGAAUGUGGGAAAGCUUUUAUUUGUGGCUCACAACUUUCUCAACAUCAGAAAAUUCAUAAUGGCGAAAAACCAUAUGAAUGUAAGGAAUGUGGAAAGGCCUUUAUUCGGGGUUCAUUACUUAUGCAACAUCAGAGGAUUCAUACUGGUGAAAAACCUUAUAAAUGUGAAGAAUGUGGGAAGGCUUUUAUUCGGGGCUCACAACUUACUCAACACCAGAGAAUUCAUACCAAUGAAAAGCCCUAUGAAUGUAAGGAAUGCGGAAAGACCUUUAGUCAUGGCUCACAACUUACUCAACAUCAGAGAAUACAUACUGGUGAGAAACCCUAUCAAUGUAAGGAAUGUGGAAAGGCAUUUAAUCGUGGCUCACUCCUUACUCGACAUCAGAGGAUUCAUACUGGUGAGAAACCUUACGAAUGUAAAGAAUGUGGAAAAACCUUUAGUCGUGGUUCAGAACUUACUCAACAUGAGAGAAUUCACACUGGUGAGAAACCCUAUGAAUGUAAGGAAUGUGGGAAAUCUUUUAUUCGUGGCUCACAACUUACUCAACAUCAGAGAAUCCAUACUGGUGAGAAACCUUAUGAAUGUAAAGAAUGUAGAAUGGCCUUUACUCAGAGUUCACAUCUUUCUCAACAUCAGAGACUUCAUACUGGUGAGAAACCCUAUGUAUGCAAUGAAUGUGGGAAGGCCUUUGCACGUGGCUUGCUACUUAUACAGCAUCAGAGAAUUCACACAGGUGAGAAACCUUAUCAGUGUAAGGAAUGUGGGAAGGCCUUUAUUCGUGGUUCACAAUUGACUCAACAUCAGCGAAUUCACACUGGAGAAAAACCCUAUGAAUGCAAAGAAUGUGGGAAGGCCUUUAGUCAUGGCUCUCAACUUACACUACAUCAGAGAAUCCAUACUGGUGAGAAGCCCUAUGAAUGCAAAGAAUGUAGAAAGGCCUUUACUCAGAGCUCACAUCUUUCUCGACAUCAGAGAAUUCAUACUGGUGAGAAACCAUAUCAAUGUAAGGAAUGUGGGAAGGCCUUUACUCGUGGUUCACAACUAACUCAACAUCAGAGAAUUCAUAUCAAUGAUAAAUCAUUUGAAUAUAAGGAAUGUGGGAUUGGCUUUAGUCAUGGCUAACAAGUUUAUAUGUGAAUUAUCUAAUUUUUGAGUGCUUUCUCUUGUUCAUUAUCAGCAAAGAAUAAUUCACAGAUGUGAUGAUGGAAGCCCAUUUGCCUCAUAAAGCACAGCAUCAGAGAAUUUAUGUGGGAGAAAGAAAUCAUUGUCAUCCCUGUAGAAAAACCUAUCAUUACUGGAAACAUGAUAAACUUUAGCAAAUUAGAGAGUAAUUCUAUUAAUAUAGGAAAUGUAGGAAGGCCUGUAGCCUUACAACAUUAUCUUGGCUCUACUAGUUGAUUUCCUUUAUUAUAUGUAUCAUGAUAAUUAACUUCUUCUUUGGUUUAAUCAUUUGUAAGAUAGACCUAAGAAUAAUACCUUUAUUAUAAAACUCUUAGCAGUAUUAUGUAAAUUAUUACAUGUAAAAGUUCUUAGCACAGUGCCUUGAACAUAGCAUAUCACAAAUAUUAGCUACCAUUUCCACUGUUAUUUUAGAGAAGUUGCAUGAAAGGAGAACACUUUUGAGUAUAAUGGAUAUUGAGAAAUCUUUCAUCAGCACUUAUCCCAGAUGAUUUGGUUGGGGGCCACUGUAUGCCAUUAUGAAUGUGAGAAAGGUACCAUUUAAAUCUCAUCCCUUAUGCUUAGAGAAAAUGUGUACUGUAAAGAAACUUGAUUUAAUCAGUGGAUUAUUGAGCACGGCUGUUAGAGAAUUUGGGAGAGAUGUAAACUGAUUUGUAACAAAGUCUAAGACCCAAAGUCUAAUAAAUCUAAGAAUUUUUUUAAAACUUAAAUGUUCUGCUUUUUAAGUAAGCUAAAAAUAAAAACUGACAUUAUAAACUA